AUGUCCAUGUCAAUGGGGGACAUGCCCAUGGGCUCGAUGUCCAUGGGCGAUGGCGUCCCCAGCCUCUUCGACCUGCAGAAAAUGUAUUGGGCCGUUGUAGGGAGUGCUAUCGGCGCAGCGGCAGUCGUCAACGUCUUGAAUCGCGCCCUUGCACAGCAUCGCCUACGAGAUGCCUCGCUCACGCCCGCCAAGCCCAAGUCGCUCUUCUUCCACGCCUACGCAACCCUUACCGCAACUGUCCGCGAGGUCAGCUACGCAACCAUCCACCCGCUCAGCCUGGGCAAGUUCACCUUCCACUUCCCUCCCCUCGGCCCUGUUCUCAUCGUCCUCGCCAACCUCAUCACCGUCCUGGUUCUCUGCUUCUACAAGCUGGACACGACCGACGUGUGGGAAUGGGAAAAUGUCGGCUACCGCACCGGCUUUAUCGCCAUCUGCCAACUCCCACUGAUCUUCCUGCUGGCGGGAAGACAGAACAUCAUCGGCUUCCUAGCUGACAUGAGCUACGCCAGCCUCAACUGGUUCCACCGCUGGGUUGCGCGCACGCUUUGGCUCACAGCGACCAUUCACAUGGGUUUCUGGUUUCGCGACUGGGCCCGCUACGACUACAUUAGCUACCAGCUGCACAAUGAUCCGCUCACCAAGCGCGGGUUUGCAGCGUGGUGCAUUUUGUCGUUUAUCGUGGUGACCUCGAUUCGGCCUAUCCGAGGCUUGAGCUACGAGGUCUUUGUCCUCCAGCACCUCGUGACCUUUGUCGGGUUUAUCGUUGCCGUUUGGAUGCACGCACCCGAUGAGGUCAAGAUCUGGGUCAAGAUUCCGAUCGGGUUGGUAGUGUUCGACCGUGUGGCACGAUACGCGUGGGGCGCGUACACCAAUUUAGCCGUGUUCCACCGCAAGAGCAAUGGCAAUGGCAAUCGAGUGUGGACGCACUCGGCAACUUUCACCCCGCUGCCUGGGAACGUCACUCGUGUGACCAUCAAUAACCCCAGCUUUAGUUGGCACGCUGGCCAGCAUGUCUUUUUUACUUGCCACUCCAUUGUCCCGCUGCAGAGUCAUCCGUUUACUAUUGCUUCUCUGCCCGAAGACAAGAAAUUGGAGUUUUUCAUCCGCGCCGAGAACGGUGGGACGAGGCGCUUCUUCCGGUAUGCUUCGAAGAAUGACAAGGUCCUCGGUGCUGGGGAGGCUGCGCUGACGGCACGCGGCCGCACGGUAUUUGUCGAGGGACCGUAUGGAACGAUGCGGUCGCUUCGCCAGUUCGACAGCGUCGUUCUACUAGCCGGUGGCAUGGGCGCAACCUUCACUAUACCACUGCUGCGAGACAUUGUGUUGGCGUGGAAAACAGAGAUCAUUGGCCACACGCCCUCGGGGUCAUUCCGCGUUCGGCGUUUGGCGGCGACCGAGCGGAUCCGAUUCGUCUGGGUCAUCAAAUCGCGCGGCCAACUGAGCGUGUUCGAAGCCCAGCUGCAAUCCAUCGUAGCUGAUUUAAACGAAUGCCGCCUCGCCCAGCCCGAUUUCCAGAAGGAUCUCGCGAUCAGCAUCUAUAUUACCUGCGACGAAAAGCUGGAACCUCCCACGACCCCUGCGCCGACCCUCCCACCACCCGCGCAGGGUCUCGUUAUCAGCAGGCUCGCUAUCUCGGACGAGAAGAAGGCUUCCAUUGAGAAAGACCGUGCCUCUGUGACUUCCAUCUCCGCCGAGUCGUCCUCCACAUCUCCGCCUCCAGCACCCGUCGGCAAAGGAUGCCUUCCCGGCGGCGGAUGCUGCUGUACCACGCAGAUCCAAGACGAAGACGCGGUCGCCACCUGCGUCUGUACAUGUGCCGGCUCUGCGCCUGCGCUGCCCGAGGAGAUAAUCCCCAGAACCACGGCGACUGAUGAGAAGGCACCUGUUCUGGCGGAUUCCCCCUCCUCGGCCGCUUCUCCCACAAUUCUCUCUGGCCGCCCCUACCCACGCACGAUCAUCCGUAAAGUGCUCGAGAAGGCCGGUGGCGAGAGCGCGGUUGUUGUUUGCGGUCCGUGGGGUCUAAGUGAUGACGUACGUCGCAGUGUUGUAUAUCUCAGCGACGAGCGCGCGGUACAUAAGGGUACCGGGGCGCAGGGCAUUUAUCUACAUGUUGAGAACUUCGGGUUGUGA